GUCCGCGCGAUGUCCUAAUCGGCCGCCGUACAGGGGAGGCGGAAGUGGCGCUCCGGGGAAGAUGGGGCUGGCCGUCUUUUUCGGUUGCACUUUUGUGGCCUUCGGGCCGGCUCUGUCGCUGUUUAUCCUGACGAUCGCCGGGGACCCGCUGAGAGUCAUCAUCCUAGUGGCCGGGUCCUUCUUCUGGCUGGUGUCCGUCCUCUUCUCCUCUCUCAUCUGGUUCAUCUCCGUCCAGGUCAGUAAUAAGGAUGACUCCAGCCUGCAGUACGGACUGCUCAUCUUCGGGGCCGCCAUCUCUGUCCUGCUGCAGGAAGCCUUCCGAUACGGCUACUACAGGCUGCUCAAGAAGGCGGACGAGGGUCUGGCCACCAUCAGUGAGGACGGCCGAUCGCCCAUCUCUAUCCAGCAGAUGGCUUACGUGUCCGGCUUCUCCUUCGGGAUCAUCAGCGGAGUCUUUUCCGUCAUCAAUAUCCUGGCAGACGCCGUCGGUCCCGGAAUCGUGGGCGUGCACGGAGAUUCCCAGUAUUAUUUCCUAACUUCAGCAUUCCUGACCAUGGCGAUUGUAUUCCUGCACACCUUCUGGGGCAUCAUCUUCUUUGCAGCCUGUGAAAAGCGGAAACCCUUUCACAUCGUAGGCGUGGUCUUGAGCCACUUCAUUACCUCCGGGUUGACGUUCCUGAACCCAUGGUACGAGGCCAGCCUGAUCCCUAUCUACGUCAUCACACUGGGCAUGGGAGUAUGGGCCUUUGUGGCUGCCGGAGGCAACCACCACAACAUACGCAAAUGCCUUGCUUGCGAACGGCAAGAGAGUAACCAGGUUAUGGUAUAUUCUGCUCUUCAGGUGCCCAAUGAGGACUGAGGCCCAGCUCAGCUGCCGUGCAGCCACGAACAGACACUAACUGAGUCACCAUUCAAGUGCUCCUCUCUCCCAGAAGCCGGCCCCCUCUUUUCUAUUCGUCCCCAUUCCCAUCCCCUCCCCCCUCGUCCCAGACGAUAAGACGGACCCGUUGUUCCUCAUAUUUUCGUUCCUUCAGUUUGCCUCGUUCCUUCAGUUUGCCUCCAGCUCCUUCCGUCCUGUGUGCCGGCUCUGGGCCUACUCAGGCUGUGGGGGCAAUCUGGAAUUGCUCAUCAUGUAUUGACAACCGGUAUAAUAUAUGGUCGACAGACCAUGUGCUGCUCCACUGGGAUCUUCAAGUGGUCUACGGCUUUUUUUUCUUCUUUACUUUUAAUAGUCAUCCACGACGAGGGAGGAAGCGGAGAAUGGUUUGCUCCAAGGAGGUCUUCGCUUGGUGAAUAAGGAUUUUUGGACCUUUAAACUAAUUUUUUGUUUUUUUUUUAUUUUGUUUUGGUUUUUCAGCAUUUUCCAAUCGCUUUUUUUUGUAUGCAUUAUUCUUCUACCAGGAUUUAACUUACUGUAACACUUAUUUUACAGAAGGAUCAUCUGUCCGCACUGACAUAUUAACAGUACUUACCGAACCUCAUAAGAUGUGUCAGGAUUUAUUAUGGUGCCGCAUCCGAAUUAUUAUAAGUUUCAUUUAAUUCAGUCUUUUUAGCUUUCUCAUAAAUGGCAGAGAGCGCCAUCUAUAGGCUAUUUGCUUUAGCUGCCAACGUAGCCUUGGGAGUUUCCAUUGUGGAAGCCGAAUCCUUUAAUUUAAACCUACAUAAAAUUUGAGUAACUUUGUGAAUACUUUGCUUUACUGUUUUUUGUGCCAAUUAAAUUUUUUGUUAUUUUUAAUUAUUCGGUUCCAGGGCGCCUUUCUGCUGGUUACAGUUGGCAGUUUAGUUCCACCCCAUCAGUCAUGUGACCUAAGAACUUUUAUUGUUUAAAGGGGUACUCCGCUGACUCAUUGUUCGGAACAUUUUGUUCCGAACGCUGGGUGCCGGUGGUGGGGUUUGUGACGUCACACCACACCCCCUCAAUGCAAGUCUAUGGGAGCGUGUGUGGCAACUGUCACACCCCCUCCCAUAGACUUGCAUUGAGGGGCGUGUGGUGUGAGAUCACGAGGGGGCGUGGCCGUGAUGUCACGAACCCCACGCCAGCGUUCUAAACGAAUGCUGGGUGCUGCACAGAGAUUUUGGGGUUCCCAGCUGCAGUACCCCCACAGUCAGACAUCUUUUCCCCUAUCCUUUGGAUAGGGGAUAAGAUGUCUAGUGGCGGAGUACCCUUUUAGGGUACGUUCACACGAGCAGACCCGCAGCGUAUUUUACACUGC